CAGGAACAAGGAGUCAUAGAGUACGUACUACUCGCAAAGAGGAAAGAAAAAAGUUAUAUAAACUCCCUUCUGGUACCGUCAAUUGCGACUUGGAAUUACUAUCCAUCCAUCCAACAAAGCAAAGCAAAGCAAAGCAAAGCAAGCUUCUCUUCUUCUACUCUCUACAUCAUCGCAUUCCAAAACCUCUCCACACACAAGUCUAUCCCACAUUCCUCCAAAACAACAACCACCACCACCAUCAAUAUGACUAUCCCUUAUCCCUUGAUCGGCCCUGAAUCCUACGGCCUUGGCUCUAAGCAGGCUCGUCGCAACCGCAGUGCCUGCAGCACCCCUCGCAGCGUUGACAGCAACGUCAUUGAUGCUGCUUUCGCCAAGGAAGUCCAGUCUACCAACGCCUCCCAGGAGCAUUUGGAUUCUUGUGCCAGCAGCAACAAGUCUGAGAAGAAGUGGAAGGCUAGAUUUUCGAGGAAGUUCUUCCACUUCGCUUGAAACUACACCACACUAUACACAACAUUACACUACGAACGAAAACAACAUAAUCAACAAUAAUAAUGAAUCGCUGGACGGAAUAUAGCAAAGCAAAGCAAGCAAAGCAUGGGUGUUUAGAUGGAUUGGAUUGCAUAGUUGGGAGCAUUGGUAUUCUUGCAUCAUGUCAUGAUUGUUAUGGAUAAUUUAGAUAUAAUACUUAAUUAAUACCCGCGGGAUAUGCACGCUCUA